CGACAACAUAGAAUAGAACAGAAGGAAGAAUGUAAUCCUCGCCCCCCCUACACUCGCUCUUUUCUCCUCUAACAUGUGCUUCUCACUAUCUUGACCCACCACCUUUAGAACAGUUCGACACUUCCACGAUUAAAUCGUUCAGAUUGACAACCCUCCGUCCUCGAACGCCGCCACCGUCCUCCUGCCAUGAACGUCCAGCUCUACGUAUACGACCUGUCCAAGGGUUUGGCUCGGAUGAUUUCUGAAGGCCUCCUUGGGACCCAGAUUGAUGCUGUCUACCACACCUCCAUUGUCAUACGAGACAUUGAAUACGUUUAUGAUGGAGGAAUCAAAACAGUUUCUGCUGGCAAGACACAUCUGGAAACACCAUGGCAGAUAAUAGAACUUGGCACAACAGACCUACCAAUGGAUGUGAUAAUGGAGUACUUGGAUUCCCUGAAGGAAAUCUACACAGCCCAGGCCUACGAUCUAUGGACUCACAACUGCAAUAAUUUCUCGAACGACUUUGCUACCUUCUUACUUGGAAAAGGAAUACCUGACCAUAUCACCAACCUUCCACAGCAGGUCCUUAACUCCCCGUUCGGCAGGGUUCUGCAACCACAUGUAAAUCAAAUGGUUCAGCGCCAACAACAGAAGAAUGGCGGCUUAAUAGGGAUCGAAAACUCGGCAGAGCCUUCUAAAACAUACCACCAGCUCGCAUUGUCUGUGAGGAAAGUCAUUACCAUGGUAGAGCUCGACAAAUUGCUCAAAGAGGCCGAAAAGUCCUGCGCAGUCAUUUUCUUUACAUCGUCAACUUGCGCGCCCUGCAAAAAGCUCUACCCAGUAUACGAUGAGCUGGCCGUACAGUUAGCACACAAAGCUGUAUUGAUCCUUAUUGACGUCUCCCGUGCUUACGAUAUUGGGGCAAAAUACUCCAUCAGCGCUACACCCACUUUCAUGACGUUUCUGCACGGGGCGGAAGAGAAUAGAUGGAGUGGAGCAGACCCAAGCACGCUGAGGGGCAACAUCAACUUGCUCGUACAGAUGGCAUGGCCACCGCAUCCUCACGAAUCCCUUUCACUUCCUGCCCUUCGCAGUGCCAACACGAAACCAGUCUCAUUCAGCAAGAUCCCCCCCUUAGGCAAACUCAAAGCGAAAAUGGGAUCAGCAAGCGAAGAUGCAGCAGUCACAGCUGUUAUGCACUUUGUUUCUGCUCGCGCUGGUGAUGGCGCCGCUGAAACCACUCUUCCGGACCUCGACGCUUUUAGCAAAUUCCUCCAGAACGCUUCCUCUCGUCUUCCAGCAGAAAUCAUGUUUACGAUUGUGGACCUAUUGCGAGUGGCACUGGUCGAUCCAAGGCUCAGCGGAUACUAUGCAGAAGAAAAAGAUCACAAGACCGUUGCGCCUCUUAUAUCCUACGUCAAUUCUCUGAAAGAUUGCCCAUACACUCUUCGUCUUGUUACCCUGCAGAUGGCUUGCAACCUCUUCACGAGUCCUCUCUACCCGAUACACAUACUCAAAUGCCCGACACUAGAUGAGCCGAUUGUGCAGCUGAUUACCACCAGCUUGCUAGACGACAAGCACCACAAUGUCAGAGUAGCUGCUGCAAGUUUGGCAUUCAAUAUUGCAACGGCGAAUAGCAGAUUACGCACCGAGGAGCAUCUUGAGUCUCUGCCAGAAGGAGAGCAAGUUGAGCUUGCUGCAUCCUUAUUAGAAGCGAUAGGUGUGGAGGAAGAAUCACCAGAUGCAUUGAAAGGGUUCUUGCUUGCUUUUGGAUACCUGGUAUACUGUGCACCAAAGAACGGGGAGCUGGUAGAUCUGCUGAAGAGCAUGGAUGCUCGAGGCACAGUGCUGGCGAAGCGCAAGCUCUUCCCUGGAGAGGCACUCGUGAAGGAUAUUGGAGACCAACGCUUUUGCGCAACAAUUCAUGAUAUAGACGAAACGCUUAUUGGCAUGGCUCUGGAUCCGCGCUUAAUGCCAGGUGUGGCUGCGGAAAUGCGAUCUGUUCGAUCAUCUGCCUCGACACCUUCGUUGCGAUCAAGAGACGACAGCAUUGGACCCUUCGGCACGAUGGAUGCGCCUGGGGGAAAUGUCAGAGUGGUGGUCAGAGUCAGAGCAUUUCUUCCCAGAGAGGUUGAGCGAGGCGCGGAAUGCCUGAUCAAGAUGAACCCAAUGAACCAAGCAACAACACUCCUCGUACCAAAUGAUACAGAUCCAGCGAAUUCGCGCUCAAAGAUGCGAAAGGUAGUCGAGGAGAAGGCGUUCACAUUCGACAAUUCUUUCUGGAGUCACGACGUGGAAGACGAGCAUUAUGCACAUCAGGAGGACGUUUACAACAGCUUAGGGGAGGAGUUUCUGGAUCACAAUUUCGAAGGCUAUCAUACUUGCAUAUUUGCAUAUGGCCAGACCGGCUCUGGCAAGAGUUAUACUAUGAUGGGGACUCCUGAUCAGCCAGGCCUGAUUCCACGGACCUGCGAGGAUCUCUUCCAGCGAAUUGAAGCUGCCCACAACGAAACACCCAACAUCUCCUACAACGUACGAGUCUCCUAUUUCGAAGUCUACAAUGAGCACGUUCGCGAUCUCCUUGUCCCCGUUCACCCAAAUCAGCCUCCUUAUUACCUCAAGAUUCGAGAAUCACCAACAGAAGGACCGUAUAUCAAGGACUUGACCGAUGCUCCUGUCAAGAACAUCUCCGAGAUCAUGAGGUACAUGAAGAUGGGAGAUUCGAGCCGAACAACAGCAAGUACGAAAAUGAACGACACGAGUAGUCGAAGUCAUGCAGUCUUCACUAUUAUGUUGAAGCAGAUUCACCAUGACAUGGACACGGAUGAGACCACAGAGAGAAUGGCCCGUAUCCGGCUUGUGGAUCUGGCUGGUAGUGAGCGGGCAAAGGCAACUGAGGCUACUGGUGCCCGCCUUCGAGAGGGGAGCAAUAUCAACAAAUCACUCACAACUCUAGGCCGCGUGAUUGCCGCACUUGCCGAUCCCAAGCAGCACCGCCCCGGAAAGAGGAAUAAAGACAUCGUGCCUUAUCGAGACUCGAUUCUCACAUGGCUGCUAAAGGACUCGCUUGGAGGAAAUAGCAAGACGGCCAUGAUUGCCUGUAUCGCACCUUCUGAUUACGACGAGACGCUCUCAACACUUCGUUAUGCUGAUCAAGCAAAGAGAAUUCGCACCCGUGCUGUCGUUAACCAAGAUCAUGUGUCAGCUGCUGAGCGCGAUGCUCAAAUCGCUGCGAUGGCUGAGGAGAUUCGGGUAUUGCAGCUGAGCGUUUCUGACAACCGAAGACGCGAGAAAGAAGGCAAGGAGCAAGAAGAGAAGUUGGAGGAAUACCAGAAUAGAGUAGCUGCUAUGCAACGUAUGAUGGAGGAGCGAAGUAUGCUUGCCCUUGAUAGUCUGAAGAAUCCCAUAGAGGUUCGCUCCGCGAGGAGCAGUGUUCAAGGAGGAAUCCGGAUUGGAGGCAUGCUCGGAGCAGGAGACAGAGGUGUGGACGACAAGGAGAACGACAAUAGGACCGAACUUCCAGACGAUGAGUAUAGAGAUGAUGAUGAGGCAAUCGAUGUCUCUGUCCACGAGGAACGAGCAAACGAGGUCCAAGGUUAUAUGAAGGAGCUGCUGAAAGAUCUGGGGAUGUUCAAGAAGAAGAUUGGAGAUGAUAAGAGUCGAUUCGUCACCCCCUUGGGUGAGAGAGUCAAUAAAUGA